UCAGGUGUUAGAGGAGUGCAUCCCGUCCGCGCGCGGGGCUAGAGCUCUUGGAGAAGUGGGAUCGCGAGGCCGGCGCGCCGCGCUCUGCGCGGUCAAAGGGAGCGCGGGGCGGCAGCGGCGGCAGCAGGAGCAGCAGCAGUCCCCCACGCGACCGCCGCCUCCGCGCCGCCAGCCGCCGCGGCUCAGCCUCCAAAGGGAGGCCAGGAUAGCCGGCGUGCGCACUUUCCCGCGGACUUUCGGACUGUUUGUGGAUUUAUAUGCCAAGCCAUCAAGAUGAUGUCCAUGAACAGCAAGCAGCCUCACUUUGCCAUGCAUCCUACCCUCCCUGAGCACAAGUACCCGUCGCUGCACUCCAGCUCCGAGGCCAUCCGGCGGGCCUGCCUGCCCACGCCGCCGCUGCAGAGCAACCUCUUCGCCAGCCUAGACGAAACGCUGCUGGCGCGGGCCGAGGCGCUGGCGGCCGUGGACAUCGCCGUGUCCCAGGGCAAGAGCCACCCGUUCAAGCCGGACGCCACGUACCACACGAUGAACAGCGUGCCAUGCACGUCCACGUCGACCGUGCCGCUGGCGCACCACCACCACCACCACCAUCAUCAUCAGGCGCUCGAGCCGGGCGACCUGCUGGACCACAUCUCGUCGCCCUCGCUCGCGCUUAUGGCUGCGUCCAUCUGCGACUCGGACACGGACCCGCGCGAGCUCGAGGCGUUCGCGGAGCGCUUCAAGCAGCGGCGUAUCAAGCUGGGCGUGACGCAGGCCGACGUGGGCUCGGCGCUGGCCAACCUCAAGAUCCCGGGCGUGGGCUCGCUCAGCCAGAGCACCAUCUGCAGGUUCGAGUCGCUCACGCUCUCGCAUAACAACAUGAUCGCGCUCAAGCCCAUCCUGCAGGCGUGGCUCGAGGAGGCCGAGGGCGCGCAGCGCGAGAAAAUGAACAAGCCUGAGCUCUUCAACGGCGGCGAGAAGAAGCGCAAGCGGACUUCCAUCGCCGCGCCCGAGAAGCGCUCUCUCGAGGCCUACUUCGCCGUACAACCUCGGCCCUCGUCCGAGAAGAUAGCCGCCAUCGCCGAGAAACUGGACCUCAAAAAGAACGUGGUGCGGGUGUGGUUUUGCAACCAGAGACAGAAGCAGAAGAGGAUGAAAUUCUCCGCCACUUACUGAGGGGUGUGGGGGGUGCCGGGUGGGACGGACCGGGGAGCUGAAGGGGCAUUGUGGGGGCUUUUCCCUGGCCUGCUUCCCCCCGGAUUUGGAGUGUCCGUUAUCCUGCUUGCAUUUGGAGAGUCGCUCCUCGGGCGCUCUCUUCCGCCCCCUUUCUGCUCUCCUUGCCCUUACCUUCCCCCCAGCCUAGACUGGGGUAUUGGGUGUGGACACUGGAAAGGAUGGCGGGGAGAAGGAGCAUUUGGAUGAGCGGGGAGUAGGGUAAGGAAAGCGGAGACUGGAGAAGAGGUUUCGAGGAGCAGGAAGGUUCUAGGGGUUAGGGUGGGGGGAGACUCGGGAAGGGUAGGGAAAUGAACUGUUUUGGACCAGAGACACUUAUCAAAAUCUCCUGGGGACCAAGUAUCUAUGUACAAAAACAAACCUACCAACCACCAAAAACUAAACGAAUAAAGACAAACUAAAACAAAACAGAA